UCCUCAGAUCUAUCAUGGACACUGUCACAAAUAGCAUAUUCGAAGAAAUCAAGAGCGAGAUAAGCGCAUUACCAGAAGACCAGAGAUAUCUCGUUGGCAUCGGAGGCUUUCCUGGAUCUGGAAAGAGCUCAUUCACAAAACAUCUUACGGACAAAUUCACUCACAGCUCAAUUAAAGCUGUAGCUAUUAGUAUGGAUGGAUGGCACUACACUAGAGAUCAAUUAUCUAAAUUUCCGGAUCCAACAGCUGCAUUCGCUAGACGCGGUGCACCUCACACAUUCGACGCAGAAGCAUAUACGGAAUUUGUACAAUCACUGAAAUUAGAACCAAGAGUGGCACUUGAAGCGCCGACUUUCUCGCACUCACUUAAAGAUCCUACACCAAGUGGUACUCAAGUAGAUACUAGCGUAAAAGUAGUAAUCAUUGAAGGAAAUUACGUACUUUUAAACGAGGAAAGAUGGAUGAAGGCAGCCAAUAAUCUGGAUAAGAAAAUCUGGGUUGAUAUUGACGAAGAGACGACAAGGCAGAGACUCAUCAAGAGACAUGUCGAAUCUGGAAUCUGUAAAGACUCGCAGGAAGCUUACGAUAGAGCGGAAAAUAAUGACCUCGACAAUGGUAGAUACGCCCGUCAAAAUUUGGUACCAGAUACUCAAAUAAUAAAAUCAAUAGAGGAUGAAAAAUUUGCCAUCUAGAAAGUAAAUAAAGCCAAAUGUAACUCGAUAAUUGAUUAAAUCAUAACAAUUUCCUUGAUAUUUCGAGUUUACUUCUCUGGGUUGGCGUUCAUGCGACGCUUGCCGUUUGGCAUGAGUGUAACGUUGACGAAGCGACGGUUGUAGAGGAUACGCUUGUGAGCGCGUUGGUGCUUGUGAUCUGACCUUACCAGCACGUGCCAAUGAACCGUGG